AUGGCCGACACAUACCUCGCCUUCCUGCGCUCGCCGUCCGAGUCUGCGCUUGCAUCUGAUGCCGCCCUCCACUACAUCACCACUACUACUUCGAUCCACGAGUCUGCCGCCAUUCUCAAGCAUUUUCAAGCACAGGACAAGGUUGUCAAGAAGAAGUCAGAGACCGUCUUGAGCUCUUUCGGCAGCUCUGAUGGCGCUGUCGUCGAGACAGACACCACCUUCGAGUUCAUUCGUGGCGGUGGUGCUAUCUUGCCUCAGAUGGACGACAACAUGCUGGCCGACUCGGUCGCUUCCUUGCCUAUGGUCCACAUCGUACAAUACAAUGGUCAGGGCAAGAUCAGCCAAAUCAGACUCUACUGGGACCAGGCGACCAUGCUCAGACAGGUCGACGCCAUUGGCAAGAGUGGACGCAACUGGCCCAUCCGUGACGGCACCAACAUGGUCAAGACGGUCAAGAACAGCAUCAACAACGCCGGCUCCACCACCGCAUCGCUCCCCAUCCGUCCCGCCUCGAACGAUGCAACCAAGUCUACUCAGGCGCAAGCUGGUGGUCGUGCCAACGGUGACUUCCACGCUCGCCUGUUCGCCACUGGUGAGGGUCAAGAAUCGAGAGCCCAGGCCAACGUCAACCCUGAAUACGCUGUUCGUACAUCAGCAAAGCCCGCUCCUCGUCAAAUGGAUGAAAUCUUCGCCAACGGCAGUAACAACGAAGGCUACAAGCCCGAAGGAAAUCCCAAGGCCGGUUCAGGCAAGAACUUCCACAACAACCGCCUCUUCGACGAGAACUCCCAGCCCGAACGUGUCCUUUCCCCCGAAUCAAAGAAGAUCGACCCUUCGAAGUUCAACCACUUCGAAUUCUCCAACGGUGAAGGUGGUUCCUCUGCUUCCGACCUGUCCAGACGUCUGUCUACCAAAGACUCGAAACAUACCAGCAACUGGGACUUCCAGGACUUCACCACUCCCGAGAAGCACAGGCCUAGACCCAACCCUGAACAGGAGCGUCACAUCGGACCCGGUGUAGACGAAGACCAAAUCUCGCCCGAAAAGCGUCCCAUUGUUCACGCCGCUCGCCCAGACGCCAACGCUCACUUUGAGAUUUCAGACGACAGUCCUGCUGGUCCCAAGGCACCCUUCAGCAACCACACAAAUGUCGACAAGUCCAGACGCGGCGACGAGUACCAACCUCACUUCAACCUCGGCCAGUCAGACGCACCCAAGAAGAUUUACAAGACUGCAGGAAACGGUAUGGGCGGUCGUGCUGGUGCUCCUACCUUGUGGGAUGAACCCGAGGAGGCCGGCCCUGAGAAGGCAAUCUACAAGACCUACGGCAACGGCAUGGGUGGACGCAGGGACGGUGGUCUCUCAUGGGACAUUGGUGAUGAGGGCGACAGCUCCAGACAACCCGCCAUCUACAAGACACGAGGUGACGGUAUGGGCGGUCGUCGCGACAAGAACGCCACUACUGAGAACGACACAGUCUCUGGCGCAAAGGGAUAUGCUUCUUCUGCACGCGCUCAGAACUAUCACUCUGCGCAAAGAGAUGACGAGUACGAGUUCUAG